GCGCACGGGGCGCAGGAAGCGCGCGGGGCUGGAGAAGAGCGCGCGCCCGCCUCCGCUCCGCCUCCGUCCGGGGGCGCGGGCGCAGUGGCCCGGGCGGAGGAUCGCAGGGGGCAGGGCCGAGACAGCGAGGAGGGGCACAGGAGAAAGCGGGAGCGAUAAAAGGAAGCAAGACUGCCCUACCCCACGGCAGGCCGGCGGGCAAGCUCCUGCGUCCCUUCCGUCUGGCCCUUGCCGGCGGCGGCGGCGGGGAGGCGCGCGGCCCGCUGCCGGCCCAUGGAGGCUUUCCCUUGGGCGCCACGCUCGCCCCGCCGCGCCCGCGCCCCCGCGCCUAUGGCGCUCGUGCCCAGCGCCCGCUACGUGAGCGCCUCGGGCCCGGUGCACCCGCAGCCCUUCAGCUCCUGGAACGACUACCUGGGGCUUGCCACGCUCAUCACCAGGGCUAGCGACCGCCGCUCCCCGCAUGAGGGGCCCGGGCCCACGGCGGCGGGGCCCACGCUGGGGCCGCCCGAGGACGAUGAAGACGAUGACGGCGAAGAGCCGGAGGCCGGGGGCCGCUACCUGGGCGGUGCGUUGGAACUGCGCGCACUAGAGCUGUGUGCCGGCCCCGCUGAGGCCGGGUUGCUGGAGGAGCGCUUCGCUGAGCUGAACCCGUUUGCAGGGCGCGCCGCCGCGGUGCUGCUGGGCUGCGCACCCACCGCCUCCGCCACCGCCACCGCCGCCGCCGCAUCCACGGCCGAAGUGACGCCGCGCGAAGAGCCAAGCCCUGCGUGGGCUGCCGAGCCUCGUCUGCACGCGGCUUCCGGGGCGACUGCCGCGCGUCUGCUGAAACCAGAGCUUCAGGUGUGUGUGUUCUGCCGGAACAACAAGGAGGCGGUGGCGCUCUACACCACACACAUCCUCAAGGGCCCGGACGGCCGGGUGCUGUGCCCGGUCUUGCGCCGCUACACGUGCCCCCUGUGCGGCGCCAGCGGCGACAACGCACAUACCAUCAAGUAUUGCCCGCUCUCCAAAGUGCCACCGCCCACCGUCCGCCCGCCGCCGCGCAGCAACAGGGACAGCCUGCCUAGCAAGAAGCUGCGCUAGGAGCGGGCUGCAUCAAGCUGUGUACACCUGAAACCUGCGCUCCUCUCCCUUGCCUCAACUUGGGAAGUCGUCUUGAUUUUACCGAAGCCGCAGGAGCGCAGCACUUUCUUGUGGAGUGGUCGGUCUCUGACGUUGAAAUCUUGAAUUUUGUCCCUAGUUUCUAAAACGCAUCCAGAACGGUGAGGGCUGAGCGGGUAUACCACCGGUUGAAUUGCGGUGAAUGAGGCGCUGUUUACUGUAUACGUCGGCCUAGUUUAGGUGCGCAACCGUAUGAAAUUGUCUCUGAUCUUGGAUGUUUCGUUUUAUGAAUGGAGGCACUUUAUAACGUUUAAAGUAUUUUUAAUAGCCUCUGAACUGAGUGUAAAACUAACAAUUGUAUGGAAUGUCGGCAAAAUGACUAUUUUAUUGUUUGAUGCAAUUAAUUUAUUUUAGUUUGUCAUUCUAAUUGCAGGUAAAGCAACUUAGUGCACUUCCCAGUAUUGAGAGGGUGUUCCUCCUCGUGGCUUGUUUCUGUCCUAGAUGGGAGGCUUAAAGGCACAAUCUGUAGCAGGUAGAAUACAGUUCCUUAUCCUUUUAUGCAUCAGAUAUUCUGAAUUAGCAAGUAGUCCUUCCAAUCCUUAAAAUUAACUGUGCCAAGGCUUAAUCAUAUCGUGUACAUAUUUGGAAACGGUGCUGUUUGAGACGUGUAUUUAUACAGUGACAGUAUUAUGACUCCAUUAAUCUCCCCAGUAACUCCUGCUUAGCAUUUUCUCUAUGCACCACCCCGAUGGUCCAAUUCUUUGUGUCUGAUGCUAAGAGACAUUUCCUCCUCAGAAAGGAGGAACCUAUUUAGAGCAGUGUUAACCCACCUUGAUUGCUCAAGUUCAGGGUUCCUAAAUAGAAAAUGGGGGACUAUAAUGCAAUAACUCGAGUUCCAAAAGGUUCUACUCUGGGCUGUUUGCCUUUCAAUUUACAGAGGGUGUGCCAGAAUAAACACCACUUCAAGUCUGCCUCAUAAACUCCCUCUUGGUGGUUCCACUAUUACUGAGACCCCUGUCUCCAGAACCCCAAAAGAUCUUCAUGCAAAAGUUCCUCUUUCCAGUACUCCUGUAAAUCUAUCAUAGUGAGUGCUGGAAUAUGGCACAAAACUACCUACCAUCUAGACAGAAGAGGCAAAGGUAAAGGUGGAUUAAGUUAAAUUCAGCCGUGCAUCAACACCACCAUCUGCUAAUACCAGCCAAGAGAUUAAGUAUAUAAAGUUUGCAAUAGUCAGAUUUAGCUAGGAAUACUGGGAGUUAGGCUAGACUGCCUUUCGUAUUAAGUAGCAACUUUACAGCAAACUUACUUUCUGUAUAAAAAGAGGCGGUGUGAAAACACUGACAGCUGUUAGCCCUAUUGGUAAAAGGGAGGACUUCUUCACAAGGAAGAAAACUAUCCCUGUUAGUUAUAGCCCCACCACAUUCACUGGGCUUAGUCCUGAAUGUAUUAAAACGUUCCUUGUUAUUUUGCUAGAAAAUAUACUACUUGUUUUGAGGUGAAGUUUUUCAAGUCAACAUAAAUUUGCAUCCUCUAGCUGAUCUGCCUUUUCAAAAAGGUAUUCUCAAUGUCAAAAGCAAGAUCAAGUCAGAUUGCUGUAAUCCCAUCAGAUAUUUCCCAAGGCACGUAUGUAUGGUUGCCAGUAUUUAAGCACAUGAGCUGAACCAUAACCACAUAUACCUAAUGCCAACUUUUAAUUUUCGGCAUCUUACCAGAACUAAAGGCUGCUGAAACUUGGCAUUCUCGUUCCAUGGUAUUGAGAGGGUUCUGGAAAAUAUCAAACUAGGUAGCUGUUAUAAUACAGGGAGCUGUCAGAAAAGCGCUUCUAAACACAAGGACCCAAGUUCUAUCCCCAGCAUCUACAUAAGGGAAUAGUGGUAUGCCUAUAACCCCAGUGCUCAUGAGGCAGAGACCAGCCUUACUAUGUGGAUGAGCUCCAGGCCUGAGUGAAAAACAUGAUCUCAUAAGCUAGAUGGUUGUCUUUAGUUGGACCUCCACAUUCAUCUGCAGAUUUGGGGUAAUUUAAGCCAAAGGUAGCUGUGGUUGCAUCACUGGGGACACUAGCAAGGCAGUCUAGCUCCAGGUAUGGAAAAAUCCAGAUUCAAAAGAAACAUCUUGUUUGAAGAAAAGGAGAAUAUGAUUGAGUAGGGCAACCCUUGACCUCUGACCUCCAUGUACUUGCACAGUAGUGUCCACACAAAAUUGUAUCCCACAUGGUGUUCUCCAACCCAUGCCAAGUCUGUUUCCCAGCUAACAGAUACUGAAAGUGUACAGCCAAAAAAAAGGAAAAAAUACUUGUUUUUCCAGUGUUCUAGAGAAAAUAAACUUAGCCCUAAAAAUAGCCAAUCCUUUAAUCCUGACACUCAGGAGGCAGAGGAAGGCUAAGCAAUCCUUGGAAUGCAAUGUUAUAAAGGUUUUGCAAAAAUGUUUACAGUAGACAUCCAAGUUUAGGGCCAUGGGUAUAGCUCAAUGAUAGAGCACUUGCCUAGAAUGCACAAAACCCUAGGAUGCCAUUAAAGGGACAAAAAUGAAACUUAAAACCCAAAGUUUCAUAUAACACUUUGAUAAAGUUGGCUUCUGCCUAAGAAUGCACUGUGCAUCUGGCUAGACCACAAAAAGGCACAGCAUUGUAACAGCUUCACCAUGGGCAGAAAGGCACAGGUUGUGCUGUGCUUAGCCUGCAUUUGUCUAUCCAAACUUGUUAGUUUUAUCAGCUUUUUACUUUUUUGUACUUUAUUUUUCCUAUAAAGUCCUUUUCAGAAGUUAAAUGGCUUUGAUUAUAACUUUUGUUAGAUAUAUUAAACCAAAACCAUGUAUUUCAAAACUA